CCCACUCUUCCACACUCACAACUGACACGAUGAAGGUCCUAGAGGGAUUUCUUUCUCUCGGUUUGUUGGCUGUUUUUUUGAGCUCCAGUAAUGCAAAGCCACAGAAGUUCAGGAUUCCUGUCCAUCAGAAAUCAGCUUCUGCAAUCUCAUACCUGAAGGUCUGGGAGAAAUUCAAAGGUCAAAGCGAAGCUGAGCGUGAUGAGUUUCUGAGUGGCUCGUUCCCAGUUGAUUUUGAAUGGUCUGUCUCCAGUGAGAGUUUCAAAGUGGAGGGUGGAUGGGCUGAGCACGGGAAGGGUGAGACCAUAUGGGAUCGUUUUAGCCACGAGGGCCAUGUCUUUGAAAACCAGACCACUGAUUUGGCCUGUGAUAGUUAUCAUAAGGUAGAUUAUGAUGCGUAUCUGCUUAGGGGAAUGAUGGCACCUAAUUAUCAGUUCUCAAUUUCCUGGGCUCGCAUUUUCCCCACUGGUCGCAGAGAAAGUUUGGUUGAAGAGGGGGCUGCUUAUUAUGACAAGAUGAUUAACACACUUCUACAAUCCGGCAUCGAGCCUACUGUUACCCUGCAUCAUUGGGACCUUCCCCAAGCUCUGCAGGACUCAGGAGGCUGGGUUAAUGACUCUAUUGUGGAAGCUUUCAAAGAAUUUUCUGACUUUUGCUUCUCUCGUUAUGGAGACAGAGUCAAAACAUGGAUCACUUUCGGCAGCCCCUGGGUAGUGAGCAACUUGGGGUAUGGAACAGGGGAACAUCCCCCACGUAUGAAUGACCCAAUAAUAGCCUCUUACAAGGUGACGCACAAUGUUCUGAAAUCUCAUGCUGAAGCCUGGCAUAUUUAUAAUGACAAUUACAGGACGCUGUACAGUGGAAAAGUGGGCAUUGCUCUUAACUCCGAUUGGGCAGAGCCAAGGAAUCCCACAAGUGAUCAGGACGUUGCAGCAGCAGAGCGUUAUUUGAACUUCAAGCUGGGCUGGUUUGCUCACCCUAUAUUUGUAGAUGGUGACUAUCCAGCCGUGCUGAAGAAUCAAAUAGAGCUAAAGAAAGCUGAGUGUGGUAUAGAGCUGGCAAGACUCCCCGUCUUCACUGAGACAGAGAAACAAAGAAUCCGAGGCACAGCUGAUUUCUUCGGACUGAAUCACUACACUUCCCGACUCAUUGGCGAGAGCUUGGGUAGAUGUGACGCUGGACCCAACAAUGUUGGGGACUUCGAGGCUUAUUUGGACCCCACAUGGCCAACCACCGCUAGUGACCAGAUCCAGUCUGUUCCAUGGGGGCUUCGGCGGUUAUUGAACUUUAUCUAUUUAGAGUACACAUCCAUCACAAACGUGCCCAUCUAUAUCACAGGAAACGGAAUGCCAACUGAGAACUAUGGUGAUCUGCUCAAUGACAAUGAGCGUGUUGACUAUCUCAAAGCUUACAUUAAUGAAGCAAUGAAAGGUGAGUAUUAAAUGGCAACUGGUCAAUUU